GUAAAACAAGGUUCAAUAAACGAUGGCGGUGUGUAGCAAUUCAAGUGGCCAAAAAUAGUCAUCGGAGAACCACUGGAACGCAACUCUGCAACUGAUCCAUCAGAGAGAGAGAGAGAGAGAGAGAGAAUGAUCGCGAAUGGAAUCGAAGACGAGGACAAAUGGCUCGCCGAAGGCAUCGCAGGGAUUCAACACAAUGCUUUCUAUAUGCACCGCGCACUGGACUCCAACAAUCUCAGAGAAGCCCUAAAAUAUUCGGCGCAAAUGUUGUCUGAGCUCCGAACAUCUAGACUAUCUCCACACAAAUACUUUGAACUCUAUAUGCGAGCCUUUGAUGAAUUGAGAAGACUUGAAAUCUUCUUUAAAGAGGAAGAUAAACAUGGUUGUACGGUCUCUGACCUCUAUGAACUCGUCCAGCAUGCUGGAAACAUUUUACCCAGAUUGUAUCUCCUUUGUACAGUAGGAUCUGUUUACAUUAAAUCAAAGGAUGCUCCUGCUAAGGAUGUCCUAAAAGACCUUGUUGAAAUGUGUCGUGGUGUUCAACAUCCUAUACGUGGGCUCUUUUUGAGGAGUUAUCUUGCUCAAGUCAGUAGAGAUAAGUUGCCUGAUAUUGUUUCUGAGAAAGAAGGAGAUGCUGAAACUAUCAUGGAUGCUGUAGAAUUUGUGCUGCAAAACUUCAUAGAGAUGAAUAAACUUUGGGUCCGGAUGCAACUUCAGGGACCGGUCCGAGUAAAAGAGAAACGGGACAAGGAAAGGAGCGAGCUUCGUGAUCUCGUUGGAAAAAAUUUGCACGUUCUCAGUCAGAUAGAGGGCGUUGACCUUGAAAUGUACAAAGAUACCGUUCUUCCCAGAGUCUUGGAGCAGGUUGUCAAUUGUAAAGACGAGCUUGCGCAGUAUUAUUUGAUGGACUGUAUAAUUCAGGUCUUUCCAGAUGAGUACCACUUGCAGACUCUUGAGGCGUUGUUGGGUGCUUGCCCCCAACUUCAGCCAGCAGUUGACGUCAAGACAGUGUUGUCACGACUAAUGGAGAGACUGUCAAACUAUGCAGCUUCAAGUCCAGAAGUGUUACCUGAAUUUCUGCAAGUGGAAGCUUUUGCAAAAUUAAGCAGUGCCAUUGGGAAGGUGAUAGAAGCACAGGUUGACAUGCCUAUCGUUGGUGCGAUUACUUUGUUUGUCUCUCUUCUCACAUUUACUCUCCGUGUUCAUCCUGACCGGCUUGAUUGUGUGGAUCAAGUGCUGGGAUCGUGUGUUAAGAAACUUUCCGGAAAAGCAAAGCUUGAAGAUAGUAAAGCAACAAAACAAGUUGUUGCACUUUUGACUGCUCCAUUGGAGAAGUACAAUGAUAUUGUAACUGCCCUGACACUUUCUAAUUAUCCCCGUGUCAUGGAUUACCUUGAUAAUGGAACAAAUAAAGUCAUGGCAAUGGUUAUUGUUCAAAGCAUUAUGAAAAACAACACUUGCAUUUCUACUACUGAUCAGGUUGAGGUAUUGUUUGAAUUGAUAAAAGGGCUUAUAAAGGAUCUAGAUGGAACUUUGGCGGAUGAGCUUGAUGAGGAGGAUUUCAAAGAAGAGCAAAAUUCUGUUGCUCGCCUUAUACACAUGUUGAAUAAUGAUGAUCCGGAGGAGAUGUUAAAGAUUAUAUGUACUGUAAGGAAGCAUAUUAUGACUGGAGGUCCAAAUCGCUUACCUUUUACUGCCCCUCCUCUUGUUUUUUCGGCACUUAAGUUGGUCAGACGACUGCAAGGUCAAGAUGGAGAAGUAGAUGGGGAAGAAGUUCCUGCGACACCAAAGAAAAUUUUCCAGCUCUUAAAUCAGACUAUUGAGACUCUUUCAUCUGUUCAGUCACCUGAACUGGCAUUACGGCUGUAUUUGCAAUGUGCUGAGGCUGCCAACGACAGUGAUCUUGAACCAGUUGCUUAUGAAUUUUUCACUCAAGCAUUUAUGUUAUAUGAAGAAGAAGUUGCGGAUUCCAAAGCCCAGGUGACUGCAAUCCACCUUAUAAUUGGAACUCUACAGAGAAUGACUGUAUUUGGUGUUGAGAAUAGGGAUACCUUAACACACAAGGCCACUGGGUAUUCGGCAAAGCUUUUGAAGAAGCCUGAUCAAUGCAGAGCAGUUUAUGCAUGUUCACAUCUGUUUUGGGUUGAUGACCAAGAUGGAAUCAAGGAUGGAGAAAGGGUCCUACUAUGCCUGAAGCGGUCAUUAAGGAUUGCAAAUGCUGCACAACAUAUGGCCAAUGUUGCACGGGGUAGCAGUGGUCCAGUUACACUCUUUGUUGAAAUUUUGAACAAGUACCUCUACUUUUUCGAGAGGGGAAACCCACAGGUAACGGGUGAAGCAAUUCAAAGCCUUAUAGAACUAAUCAAAACUGAGAUGCAAAGUGACACCACAACACCAGAUAAGGCUUCAAAUGCUUUCUUUGCCGGUGUGUUACGGUACAUUCAGUUUCAGAAACAGAAAGGCGGAGCAAUGGGCGAAAAAUAUAGUACCAUCAGCGUGUGAAGCUUGUAAUGGUGUUAUGCUAUAUAGUGUGAGAAUGGCCAAUCGGCGUACAAGUUUGCAGGGGUGGAGUGAAGCUGGCAUUGGGAUGGGCGACCAGAGGGGAAUCUUGAAUGGAUUUGGUUUUGUCAUCUUCACUCUAAAGAUGUGUUUGGUUUAGUCUUUUCAGGAUGCAAUUGAUUUUGCUUUAGCUGCACUUCAUCCUCCCAGUUCUAGCAAUUUGUCUUUGGUAGCAAUCUUAUUUUUUGUAACCUUGUUUCAAUAUAUCAUUUGUCAAAAACACUUUGCCUUUAUUGGUUUAAAGCAUUGUAUCAUUUCUUGAUUACAAGGGUGGAUUUGUUUGAUCCGAGUGUAUAAAUAAAUUUAUAAUCUAAUUCUGAUUGUGCUUUUACA